AUGCCCGAUUUUUACAAUCACAGUUGUAAAAAUGUAAAAUUUCUUACUACGGAUUCUCUUUACGCGUUUUUGCCUGGUCAACCCAGAUGGAAAAAGAGAAUACUCAAGUACGCGUUCAGCGCCAGCACCCCAAAAGAAGCUAUACUGGCCAUAGAGCUCGCAUUUAAGGAAUGGGCUUCAGUGACAAAUUUUAAAUUCGAACCUACGAGAAAAUUUGAUGGAGCGCAUGUCCGGAUACUUUUCUUGCAUGGGGAACACGGCGACGAUCUUCCGUUUGGUGGGCCCGAGCCGAUAGGGGGUGUGGCCCACUCUUACCCGCCACCGAUCGGAGAGGUCCAUUUCGACGCGGGGCUAAAAUGGUCCAACAAAGGGGAAAGAAAUGCGUUCGAUAUAAAAACGGUUGGGCUGCAUGAGUUGGGCCAUAUACUUGGGCUUGGUCAUAGUAGUGAUGCAAAUGCAGUUAUGUAUCCAUUAGUACAUCUUGGUGAAACUAAGAAAUUGGAUGCGGAUGAUAUUAAAGGUAUCAAGGCAUUGUACAAAUUGAAAUAA